CACCGGGUCACUCACUAGAGCGGACGGGCCGCGGGGAGUGUGGGGCGAGAAGCGGGCGAACGCGCACCCUGUGCCCUCGCCAGCGCUGUCUUUCCCCCUUUCCUUCACUCGCGCCCCUUCCGGCUUCGCCUUCCUUUUCUCACUCUCGCCGUAGCUCAGCCGCCACUUGGGCCUCACGUGACACAGGACUCUCCAGACACGUGACGCGAGAAAGGCCGCGCCGGGGCGGGGCCAGGCCGCUUUUUCCCGCCCUCCGUAAGCGUAGAGGCGGAGCGCGCUUGCCCAAUGGGCGCCGGGUCAGUUCUCUGCCAGUCGGACCGUUAUCGUGCGUUUUGUUCCGGAAUAGAAGACAAGGGGUACAGGCUUUUUCGCUUUUGAUUCAUUCGGGUAGUUUUUCCAUCUAUGGAUCCUAAAAGCUACUGCUGCUACUGCGGAGCUACACGGUUCCUGUCUCAGCGCUAAGAUGUGCGUUCUUCCACCAGAAGCGCUUGUGACGGUCUGAGGCAAUUUAAAAAAAAAGGACUGGAAUGGAAAAGAAGUGGUAUAUUCGGCCUGUGUUAUGCUCCUUCUCAACAAUGUAUACGUUCCUGCUAGGUGCCCUAUUCGUUGCUUUAAGCUCAAGUCGUAUCUUACUGGUAAAAUAUUCUGCCAAUGAAGAGAACAAGUAUGACUAUCUUCCUACUACUGUGAAUGUGUGCUCAGAACUGGUGAAGCUAGUUUUCUGUGUGCUUGUGUCAUUCUGUGUUAUAAAGAAAGAUCAUCAAAGUGGAACCUUGAGAUGUGCUUCCUGGAAGGAAUUUUCUAAUUUCAUGAAGUGGUCCAUUCCUGCCUUUCUUUAUUUCCUGGAUAACUUGAUUGUCUUCUAUGUCCUAUCCUAUCUUCAGCCUGCCAUGGCUGUUAUCUUCUCAAAUUUUAGCAUUAUAACAACAGCUCUUCUAUUCAGGAUAGUGCUGAAGCGGCAUCUAAACUGGAUACAGUGGGCUUCCCUUCUGAUUCUCUUUUUGUCUAUUGUGGCCCUGACUGCUGGAACUAAAACGUCACAACAUAACCUGGCAGGACAUGGAUUUCAUCAUGAUGCCUUCUUCAGCCCAUCCAAUUCCUGCCUUCUUUUCAGAAGUGAAUGUUCCAGAAAAGACAAUUGCACAACAGAGACAUGGACUUUUCCUGAAACUAAGUGGAACGCCACAGCUAGGGUUUUCAGUCACAUCCGUCUUGGCUUGGGCCAUAUUCUUAUUAUAGUCCAGUGCUUUAUUUCUUCAAUGGCCAAUAUCUAUAAUGAAAAGAUACUGAAGGAAGGGAACCAACACACUGAAAGCAUCUUCAUACAGAACAGCAAACUCUAUUUCUUUGGUAUUCUUUUUAAUGGACUGACCCUGGGUCUUCAGAGGAGUAACCGUGAUCAGAUUAAGAACUGUGGAUUUUUUUAUGGCCACAAUGCAUUUUCAGUUGCCCUCAUUUUUGUAACUGCAUGCCAAGGCCUUUCAGUGGCUUUCAUUCUGAAAUUCCUAGAUAACAUGUUCCAUGUCUUAAUGGCCCAGGUCACCACUGUCAUCAUCACAGCAGUGUCUGUCUUGGUCUUUGACUUCAGACCCUCCCUGGAGUUUUUCUUGGAAGCUCCAUCAGUUCUUCUCUCCAUAUUUAUUUAUAACGCCAGCAAGCCUCAAGGUCUGGAAUACGCACCAAGGCAAGAAAGGAUCCGAGAUCUAAGUGGUAGUCUUUGGGAGCGUUCCAGUGGGGAUGGAGAGGAACUGGAAAGACUUACCAAACCCAAGAGUGAUGAGUCAGAUGAAGAUACUUUCUAAUUGGUACCCAAAUAGUUGGCAGCUCUCACCAACCUUAUUUCCACAUUUCCGUUGUUCGUAAUAUUUAUUGUUUCACUUGAUAAACCAAGAAUGUUUCUAGAACAUAAUGUUUUUAUAUAUAUCUAACCAUUCCUUAAAUGGUUCCAUGAAAGGCAGAGUACCCAAAGGCUAAAAAUUUAGUCCUUCUACAUUGGAGUAAUAGUACAGAAUGGCCUUGUUAAUAUCCUGGUACUUGAUAACUCAAAAAGCUGUAUUUGUAGAUUAUUUUACUUGCUCUUCAUGGUUCCAAAAAACUUGUAAUCACGUUAGCUAUAUCAUAGAAAUAUGCAAAUGAGAUCAGUUUGCCAGAUAUUUAUAAUUAUGUAGUUCUAGUCUGCAUACUACAGUCUUCCCUUUUUUUUAUCAUUAUACAUGUAAUCUGAUUGUCUUCCAAAUUCUGAGGGUCUAGAGUUAGUUGUUUUGAAAUGGAAAAGCAAUGGUACUCUUUCUAAAGAUUUUCAUUGACAGACUUUAACCUGUGGCUAUAUCAUAGAUUUGGGAGUAAUGUAGUCUAUGCUGAAUGUUUUGCCAAAGAAGCAGUUUUCAGAAUUUUAAAUUUUAGGAACUCAUGGAAAAUUUUAUUUUUAUUUUCACUUUAUUUUUAAUAGUUAACUUUUAAUAUUUUCAACAUCAGUAAAAUUUAAUUUAGUUCAUAGUUGGUUCCCAACUCACCGUUUCCCACUCGUAUUUUUUAAAAAGAAUUAUUUAUUUAAUUUUAUUUAUUCAUUCAUUUAUUUUUUUAAUUUGACCAGAAAGAGACACAGAGAAAGAAAGUCAGAAAUCAAGCUGCCUGGUCUGGGGCUUGAACCGUGGUCGGCCAUGUGGGAGUGUCCAGUGCCCUAACCACCGCAUCACCUGCUAGUCCCCCCACUUGUAUUUUAAAUCACUUAAGCCAUGGUGAGUUUUUUAUCCUCUGUUUUUAUGUGUCAAAAUCAUUUGACAUUUCAUUUAAUUAAUUGCUAAUUACAGAUUAAUAA